AAGUGAAGUGUCUCUCGGUCUCUCAGCUGUGUGAAGACAAAGUCCACCGUCCUCCUGCGGCAGACAGACAGACAGACAGGCGGAUAGACAGGCAGACGGGCUGGGUGUCUCACCACACACACAGAGGUUCGUGGGGACUGUCGAGGCGGUGUGAAGUGGACCCGGCUGUCUGCGCUGGACAUGCGGGGACAGGAUGGGGGAAGACACAAGAAGAGUUUCUCCGGUCAAGAACUUCUUGGCGGGGGGUGUCGGCGGAGCGUGUCUGCUGCUGGCCGGACACCCGCUGGACACCAUCAAGGUUAGGCUACAGACACAGCCCAAAUCCUCCUGUAAUCAGUAUAGGCUCUACACAGGAACAUAUGACUGUUUUCGCAAGACCAUAUCCAAAGAGGGUAUCUUGGGACUCUAUAAAGGUAUGGGGGCUCCUCUGGCAGGUGUGGCUCCAAUGAUGGCCAUCAGUUUCUUUGGGUUUGGCCUGGGAAAACAGCUCCAGCAGACAGACCCUCGCAAACCCCUGACGCACACUCAAAUAUUCCUGUCUGGCUGUCUGGCAGGGGUCUUCACCACAGUGAUUGUUGCUCCAGGAGAGAGAAUCAAAUGUUUACUCCAGGUUCAGGCUAGCAGCGGUAAGGCAAAGUACUCGGGUCCACUCGACUGUGCGGUCAGGCUCUAUAACGAACAGGGGAUCCGUAGUGUCUACAAAGGGACUGUGUUGACGCUGAUCAGAGACGUGCCUUCUAACGGUCUGUACUUCCUCACAUAUGAAUACCUCAAACACUUUCUGACACCUGAGGGCCAAAGUGUGUCUCAGCUCAGCACUCCAAACAUCCUCCUGGCUGGUGGUGUAGCAGGGAUCUUAAACUGGACCAUUGCUCUUCCUCCAGAUGUCCUCAAAUCCAACUUCCAGACAGCUGCAGAUGGGAAGUAUACAGGUCUGGUCGAUGUCCUGAGGACGCUGCUCAGGGAAGAAGGACCUACAGGCCUGUAUAAGGGAUUCAAUGCUGUUUUCCUGCGAGCCUUCCCUGCCAACGCGGCUUGUUUUUUGGGGUUUGAGGUGGCACUGAAGGGACUGAAUGCACUUGUACCCAGUUGGUGAAAUGAGAGUCUGCAACUGGAAACCGGUCUGGUCCAGCCUCUCAUGUUUCUUUGUACCACAGGGUGUGUUGUAAGUGUUCUGUGUCUUUGGAGUCACGAUGUUGAAUGUACUGAAUUAUUAUAUUUUUAAAUGUGACUUUACAUUUAAUUUUACAAAUUCAUUUUAUACUUCCUUUGUAAACAAGAUUUUACACAUUUUUAUGAGCAAUAGUACAGCAUAAAUGCACACUUAUGAAUGUAUGAUUUUGAGAUUUAUAAACAUAUUUUGGGCCUUGUGUUUACAAACUGUGAUGUUUGUCAGAUAGUAAAUUUCCAUUUCAGAAUGAGUUUAGAUCACUGUGUGUAAAGAUGGACGACAUGAGAGCUCCCCAAAAGUGAAGCCCAAACACCUGGACGCCCCCUGGUGGCUGGCUGCAGUACAGCUCAUAAACUCCUCCCCCUCCAUGUUAGCAGAUGGGACAUGAGCCAAACUAAAAAACAAAAAAAAAAGUACAUGUGAAAUAAAUUUUUCUCAAAGAUGGUUUUUGUCAUUUUAGGUCGUUCUUAUCACACUGUUGAAGUGUUUGAAUAAAUAGUUUUGAAUUGUCAUACAAAGUCACUGUUCACCCCAAGGUUGGAAUGCUGACCAAACAAAGUGGGCAACUCCACUGG